ACUCCCCCCGUACCACUUGCAAAGAAGCCUGAAAAGAUGCAUCAAGACCAAGAUGCUCACCGCGGGCGGCUUAUCGCCUCAGUCGCUGCAACUGUCAUCUCCCUGGCCUGCGGCACAAACUAUGUCUAUUCCGCAUGGGCGCCACAGUUCGCCGAAAAGCUCAGGCUUUCCACCACGGAAAGCAACCUGAUCGGUCUCUUCGGCAACCUAGGCAUGUAUACAAUGGGUGUCCCCAUUGGCAUGUUUGUGGACGAUCGCGGAUCGAGGCCUGCCGUUCUUGCCGGAGCUUUCCUCCUAGCUAUUGGCUAUGUCCCCCUAUGCAUCUCCUUUGAGAAAGCCGCGGGCUCUGUGCCUGUGCUCUGCUUCUUCUCCUAUCUGACCGGCCUGGGUGGAUGCAUGGCUUUUGCGGGUGCUGUCAAGACAUCUGCGCUCAACUGGCCAAGCCAUCGCGGCACGGCCACGGCGUUUCCGCUUGCUGGAUUUGGACUCAGUGCCUUUUUCUUCUCUUUUGUCGGAGCAAUCCUGUUCCCUGGCAGCACGAGCUCCUUCUUGUUGCUAUUGGCAUGGGGCACGUUUGGCCUUACUUCUAUUGGCUACUUCUUCCUAAAGGUGUAUCCUCAGGUAUCUUACCAGGAAGUGCCCACCCAAUCAUCUGAACCAUCGUCAUCCGGUCGAGCAAGAUCGCGUAGUGUAACCGAACCUGGAUCAGACGCCAGUCGCGCCGAUAUUUUCAAUGACACCGAAGCUGGUGAUGCCCCGAGUACCGAGACUUCAUCUUUGAUUGUCGGUGCUGCAGGCGCCGAGAUUGUUAGGCGCAGUAGUGUUGAUCAAGAUAUGUCUUAUCGACUAGAUGUACGAGGAGUGAAGCUCCUGUUCUGCCUGGAUUUCUGGCAGCUAUUUUCCAUCAUGGCAAUCCUCGCUGGAACCGGCCUCAUGACUAUCAAUAAUAUCGGUAAUGAUGCAAACGCGCUCUGGAAGCAUUAUGACCCCUCAGUCGAUGAAACGUUUCUCGUUAGCCACCAGCAAAUACACGUAUCUAUUCUUUCUGUCUUCAAUUUUGUAGGCAGGCUACUAAGUGGCAUUGGUUCUGAUUAUCUCGUCAAAACUCUUCGAGCCAGCCGCAUCUGGUGUCUAGCCGUGGCUUGUCUUAUAUUUCUCCUGGCACAAAUCUGUGCCCUACAAAUCGAGAUGCCACACAAACUUGUGUUCGUUUCGGGCCUUUCUGGCUUGGCUUACGGCUUCCUCUUUGGUGUCUUCCCUUCCAUUGUUGCAGAGACGUUCGGCAUUGGUGGGCUGAGCCAGAAUUGGGGUUUCAUGACUCUUGCUCCUGUGGCCUCGGGAAAUGUGUUCAACCUGCUGUACGGAAGGAUCUACGAUCACCACAGCGUCGUUGAACCUGAUGGCACGCGAUCUUGCGACGACGGCAUCGCUUGCUACCGCUCUGCUUAUGCGGUGACCUCGACUGCAUGUGCCCUGGGCCUAUUCAUUACGAUAUACAUCAUUCACUACCAGAGGACCCAGUAUCUAAAGGCGAAAGACAAGCUGGAUGAAGAAGACUGAUAAAUUUUGCAUAUAUAUACAGGGUGCUUAACAUAGGAGUACAGCUGCAACUGUUUUUAUCAGCGUUAGUUAUUCUACAAUUUUUAUAUCUUUUCGAAAA